UAUGUCUGUUGACUGCAAUCGAUUACCUGUUGAUCAACCCUUUUUAGGCACAAAUGCGUUUCUCAUUUAACAGUAAACAGGGUUUCUAAAAGCAUCGUAAAGGUAGAGAGAGAGAGAGAGAGAGAGAGAGCGCGAGCGUGCGUGCUCGGUGUGAUGCUCGCUCCACCAUAUGAAGAUGACUUGCGGUGCUUUUGGAAAUCUCAGUCCAUAUUAUUAGGAUGGGUCUCGGCUAAACUCUCCUAGUUUAUCCAAUCAAAUAAGUGAACAAGGUAACAUGCAGGCUUCUGUCAAAUAGCCCACCGCUCACACAUCCACGCGCGCACAAACACACGCGCGUCCCCUUACGCGUGAUAGACUAAAAGAUCACGUGGUGAACCUUAAAAACGUCUCGGGCCUCUAUGACAGCAGCGUCCGUCGUUUCCAUUGGUCCCGGAGGCGGACACUUAAUGUAAAUACGCCGGCGCUAAGUGGGAGUGCCUCGCCAUUAGUUUAGCUGUCAGUUGAUCUCCGGCGCGCGCGAUCUACACUACUUUAUGUGAUAAAGGCGCGCGCCGGCACGCGGACACUGUGCGCGGACUGCAGCAUGCAGAGCCACGCGCUCUAAACCCGCACAGAGCGACUCCACACAGCCGAUCACAUGCAGCCGGAUUCCCAGACUCUAACCAAAACAAGAAGGAAACCACCGAAGAGAGUGACAAAAAAAUUGUAAAUAAAUAAAUAAACACAUUUCUUAGAGGAGGUUGCUGGCGAGAUCUCGACAUACAAGACUCAGAGCUUCUUUUCUCUUCAAAUAAGAUUUCCAGGAAUGGAAUCUAUAUCGAGCCAGCUAUCAGCCGGAAGAGAUUCCACUUGUUCACCAAACUCGAAGCAGGAGUUGCAGUCCUACACCGGCCCCACACUCAAACCCAACCAAGUCAGCGAGACCUCUCUGUACGGAAUACCCAUCGUCUCCUUGGUCAUAGAUGGCCAAGAACGACUGUGUCUGGCCCAGAUUUCCAACACCCUCUUGAAGAACUAUAGCUAUAACGAAAUCCACAACCGGCGCGUGGCUUUGGGCAUCACCUGUGUGCAGUGCACCCCAGUUCAGCUGGAGAUCCUGAGGCGCGCAGGCGCUAUGCCCAUCUCCUCACGGCGCUGCGGAAUGAUCACCAAGCGUGAAGCAGAGCGCCUCUGCAAAUCAUUCCUCGGCGAACACAACCCGCCCAAACUGCCCGAAAAUUUCGCUUUUGACGUGUCACACGAGUGCGCGUGGGGCUGCCGUGGCAGCUUUAUACCGGCCCGGUAUAACAGCUCGAGAGCGAAAUGCAUAAAGUGCUCGUUCUGUAACAUGUAUUUUUCACCAAACAAAUUCAUAUUUCAUUCUCAUCGCACGCCCGAGUCCAAAUACACGCAACCCGACGCGGCAAACUUCAACUCGUGGAGACGGCACCUAAAGCUGACGGACAAAAACUCUUCGGAAGACGUGAUCCACGCUUGGGAGGACGUGAAGGCCAUGUUUAACGGAGGCAGCCGGAAGAGGACACUGCCUGGACAUGGGUCUGAGAGUUCAUCCCCACUGAAAUCACAAGGCCCCGUGAGUCGAGCCCAGGGUAGUUCAUCUGAGGUGCCCCAUAAAACCCUUCGCUGUGAAGACGACAGAGCCACUAUGCCCAUACCGAGUGGCAUCCGCAGUUACCCUGUGAUCCCGGUACCUAGCAAGAGUUUUGGGAUGCUGCAGAAGAUUCCGCCACCCCUCUUCCCCCAUCCAUACGGCUUCCAGGCAUUUGGACUGUGUCAAAAGAAAGACGACGGCGUGGUAGGGGAUCAGAACAAAACUAACUUGCCUGGUGUAUUCUGGCCAGGCGCGAAGGACAGCGCUUACCCUUCGUUUCCCAUGUUUUGGCCAACGGCAAGUGGCCUGCCCAUGGCUCCUUACCACCACGCGCCACCGAAACCGCCACCCGAGGUCCUUUGCGCACGGCAGCACGAGUUCGAUGCGUCGGAGCCGAUUGAGAGGAGCGCCAGCACGCCCAAAGACAACCUGAUGGAGAACGAGCGUUGCUCCAGCACGCAGUCCAGCCGCAACGACGAGGACAAAUCCGGUGAUGAGACCAGACCCACGGAAAGCAUGCCAAGAAAACCGAGCUAUGUAUCGGCCUUCAGGCCUGUCGUUAAAGACACAGAGAGUAUAGCAAAGCUGUACGGCAACAGAGGCCCGUAUUCGGGAACCAGGCCCGGUUACCUUUCACCUGACUUCCUGAGCGAAAGUUCGAGUUACCGGUCGGGCUCUCCGGACGUGGACGACAGCGCGGAGGACCCGGAUGUGGACGUGGAGUCACACAAAGUACAGGAAGAUGAAGAAUGCCUUCAACUUUCAGUGGACGACCACCACAGCCCACCAGCUCUGUCUUCUCACGUGCAAGGCGAUGGAGGGAAAGGUCAAGGAGAGGAAAACAGCCGCACGGUCGCAAUGAGUGAUCCACACACUACACACUCAAGUGAGACAGAGAAGCAGAACAAACCGCUGCUGGAGAGCAACAAACCCACAACGCGCUAUGAAGUGUAUACACAUGAAAGGAUGGCGCCCCUGUAUCAGAUGAGUGCGCCAUGUUUCGGCUCGACAGCCACUUAUCAGCGCGAGUCCAGCGUUAAAGAUGCGCACGAGGAGGAGCCGUCAUCCACAGUAGAGGAAAUAACGGCACCGAAAUCAGUGCACGAGCACAGCAGCGCUCCUGAAGGAGGCCCGAGGGAACCCGGAGAUAUGCGCAGUGAAACAGGCAGAGUGUCACUGAUUGAAAAAAACAUCGAAACCAUGGCGAAAGAAGAGCUACAAAAACAGCUAGUGGAACAAGUGGAGCUGAGAAAGAAGCUGGAAAGGGAAUUCCAAAGUCUGAAAGACAACUUUCAAGACCAAAUGAAAAGGGAGCUGUCGUACCGAGAAGAGAUGGUCCAGCAACUGCAGAUUGUUCGAGAAGCUCACGACGCACUCCAUCAUUUCUCGUGUAAGAUGCUGACCCCACGUCAUUGCUCUGGGACCUGUACAUUCAAGCCUCCUCUACUACCACCGUGAUGCCUUCAGCUUGUCCUUCACAAAUAAGACUGCCUGAGACAGAGACAUUGAUAUACCAAUAAAAACAACAUUCACAACCAACAGAAUUCCUCAGUUAUUGGCCUGCGAUGAGCAAAUGUGUAUGGUAGUAUCCUAGUUCUCAAACUGUAAUUAUUACUAAAUAAAAAAAGGCUUAUUGUAUGGACUGUAUCAUUUAUAUAAAAUCUAGCUCAAUAAGAAACUCUGACACGUUUCACUGAAAACAAUAUCAUCUGUUAAGAAAAAAAUUGUAAUAGGUGGCUUUGUGCAAUGCAUAUAUUAUGUAAUAUAUUUUAUUUAUUGUGAUACUCUUUCUGUUGGUGAAAUGUUAGGGCACUUUCUUACGUUAGAUCCUACACUAAUUUAUUAAUGUAUUUUUAACAGUUUUAUUUAAUCCAUGUUGUUCAUCAAUGUUGUUUGUUCUCAUGUGUAAACAAUGUAAAAUUGAUGUAAAGCACUUUAAAUAGACAGCACUGACGGCAAAACU